AGAGAACAGAUUAACACUUUGCUAUUAGGGAACAGCUAUGUUCUCAGGGGAAGGGGAAUUAGAAACUCUUGUGUAAAUAUGUUUACUGGACCUUGUCCUUUCUGGCAUUAGAAGUGGAAAAUAAAGUGCAGAAAAACAGAUGUCUAAAGAAGGUGAGGAGGAGGAAGAGAUAAGAGAGAGCAAAUGAGAAUUGGUAGAGUGGAAAAAUGAAAUGGGAGUUAAGGUACAGACACAGGGACAUGUGGCGUGCAUUUUCUGAUCUCUAGUUACUCUGGAGAACAGCAGGAAAGGGAAGAGGAUGCCAGACCUUUUGUCCAGUCCUGUGUGUCUGACAGUCAUCUGUUUUUUAUCUUGGACGGUGCAACCCGGUUGUGCUCAGAUUUGGACUGAUGAAGUGUCAGGCGUGCAGUACGGGCGCUUGGAGUCAAAUGUGACACUGGCAUGCGGGAAGUCACAAACCGGGUUACCUGUGGUGUGGCGUCUCAACCACAGCUCAGCUUUGCCAUGGCACAAAGUGACGUCAAAUGGAAGCUUAGUCCUGUUGCAUGUCAACCACUCGGCGCAGGGCAACUACAGCUGCUAUGACAGCCGGGGGCUCCUCCUUCACUCUGUCAAACUCAGGCUGGGCUAUCCCCCUGGGCUGCUGAGCAUUUCCUGUCAAGUUCCCAAUCACACUCAUGUUCGCUGCUCCUGGGUGGAAUCGGUGAAGACCUUCCUGCCAGCCAAUUACAGUGCCUCCUUCAGGGGCCUUCGUCAUGAGUGGAGGACAUGCGCCGUGGACAUCGCCCGCAAGCACUGUGACAUACAUUACCCUGCGUACUGGCAGGCCAUCCAUACCCUGAGAAUCACAGAGACCAAUGACCUGGGGUCUGAGACGACAUCUGUCCAGUUUAAGUUGCAUGAGCUAUUGAAACCAGACCCUCCAGAGUCCCUGGUGGUGAAGCAGAUUGAAGGCUAUUCAACGAGGCUGUUAGUCUCAUGGGCCUUACCUUCUUCUUGGCCAACGCAUGAUGCUUUCCCCCUUAUGUUUCAUAUCAGAUACAGGCCACAAGGCUCAAUGUACUGGUCAGAGAUUUUCUCUGAUGAGAGCCCAGUCGUGGUUUAUGAUGCUCUGGCUAGCCACCUCCACGAAGUUCAGGUUCGGGCCCAUGACGAGGUGAACUCCGAUAGCCAGUGGAGUGAAUGGAGUCCUGUGCUCCUGGCCAGGCCUUGGGAAGAAUACAGCACGCCUGAACCAACAGACUGGCCCCUGCCAGAGGACUAUUUUUAUCUCUUCAAUACAAAACCCGAAACCUCCACCGCAAAGUCAAACAAUCCUGCAAUUGAGGAUGAAGGUCAUUUGGGUUUGGUGAUUCUGCUGGUUUUAUUCUCCGUGGUCAUCCUCACCACCGUCCUUUCCCUCAUCUUUGUUGUGUGGGUAAGGCAAAGGCGGCGUGAUCAUGUGACAAUACAGGAACUCGCCUCCAUGGUCAAGAUGAAGACCAUGCCAAUCUAAUGUUGAUUUCAAGCAUCUUGUCAGCCCGUUCUAGGGCUCCAUCCAGGAGUCAGCCUCGGCCGUUACCACUGUAGAAUGCUGGCCGUCCAUACACGACCCAGAAUGCAUCAGCCAGAGUCCAUCCAGGAUCCAGAAGGACAGGGACAAACCUACACAAGGAACUUUGCAGAGUAGGGUAAAGUAAAAGUGGACAUAUUCAGUAUCUGCACUACUCAUAAUGCAGCAGCAGACUCCACCUACUGUCCAUGGGGACAGGGAAAACAGACCCUGCUCUGUUUCUUUGUGUUCACUUCAGCAACUUCAAUGCAGUUCACUCCUCAGCAGACAGCAGGAGUGAGACUGCAUCAGGAUUGAGUUCACUCACAACUAAUGCUGCUUCAGGUAGACUGACUUAUCAACCUUUUUGCAGAGGAAUGACAUUUUUUUUUCUUUGAGGACAGGAAAUGCAGCUGACAAAUAAGAGAACAUAGGCCUCUCUGGGAAAACUCGUCUUGAUUUUCUCACCCAGAAUUCCUCAUGUUUUUGUUUUUGUUUUUGUUUUUUUGUUUUUUGGAGACUCAUUGUAAGAAGUAAUAACGUGCAUUCGUUAUUACAUCGACUGACCAACCAACUCAAUGCUGUGAAGGAAGCAUAAUGUAUGCCAGUCUCUUUGUUUGUAUCUGGUGCCAAAGCAGCAAUUAUGGGCACUGUGGUCACAGUUACUAGCUCCUGAUCUUAGGGAUGGACAUGGAGAAUAAGGUCCAGGGUGGGCGGGUUGGGUCAUCUACACUUUAUUUCAUUUAUGAUUUUAUGUUGCAUGAUAUGCUUUUUUUGUUGUCUGGUGUCUUUAAUACAGGUGUUCUUUUGUUUAUUUUGUUAUACCUCUUUCUGUCCAUCCAUCCACUGUUCCUACAUAUGUGUGAAUGAAAGACACACAUGCGAAGAAAGAGUCAGAGAUAAGAAAAGAGAUACUGGCCUCACAAACCACCAGCAUCGUUGGCAUACUUAGUUAGGAAAUAGUAAAACAUAGAUAAACACUUCCUUCUCCUUCUCUCGGUCUUCUUUCUUAUAACCUCACAUACAGCCUUUAAGAAGCAACCUAACACCGUGCUUAAAGCAGUGCUCUGCUGCACUCUGCGGUUGAAACUGGAUUCACACAACUCGAGGUCAGCAAAAACAACAUUUUCAAAUCAAAAUGGCUCAGUAUCUUUGUCACCCACAUGUAGCUGGAUAGUAAUAAUGUUUUUUUCUUUCAAAUAUUAUGCCUAUUAUGACAGUGUCGAUUGUACGAUUGAAAGUUAUUUUUAUUUUCUUUUUUCUUCAGAAAAAAGAGAAAACUUAAAAAUUUCCAGAAGGUUAAGGUGACUUCCUCAAAUUGUUGUCUGACAAGGUCAAGAAUAUUAAUUUCACAUUGAUGAAAAACUGCAGCAAAUCCUAACAUUUGAUGAGUUAGAACUUGCAAAUAUUUGGCAUUUUCUUGAUAAAUCAUGAAACAUAUAACCAAAUAUAGGUGCAAGCCGUCUUUCUUGGUUUGGUCCUUUUGUGGCCAACAAAUUUUGCCACUCCUGCUAAGCCCCAUCCUUCAGUCGAACUGAAAAUAUCUCCCAAGAUUUAUGAUGAUUGGUGGGCCACGACCUUUGCAAAAAUUUUUUGUUUGAGAGCGGCCAUAUUUUUGAAUCAAUAUUCCCUAUUUAUAAUUGUGUAUCUCAGUCCAGAGUUGGUGUUGAUACAGUCAAAAUCCAGAAAGCGUAUGUCACAUUGUAGUUGUUCAAAUGUAUGCAAAAAACCGAUCCUGUUUUUACCUGUAGAUAAGAGGAAUAAUAAGACAGUUAGAAGCAGAUGCUAACUAUAACCAAAUGCUUAUUAAAGUUACCCAAUGUAAGUAAACUCUUAAGGCCAUAUCUAUUAAAUUAGAAAUCAGUUAUGCAAAUAAAAGUAAAGCAGAGAUUUAUAGGAUUUAAACUCCUGAUAAAAAGCUGGUUUCUUUAUAUUAAGGGAUAAAGCUAGCUCGGUAAAUGUAUCCUAAGCACUUUGUUUGAUAAAUAAUCUGAGAAAUCAUCUUAUUUUUGAGUCCUUUGGGUCGACAGUGCUACUGUGGGUCAAAAGAGCGUAACUGACCUCUAACGUUGACAUGGGGUUCUUUUCACGUGGUUGAGUGGGCUCUCAGAAUCACUGCUAUCACCACUUCUUCAGAACAUGUGGACAGAAUUAAAUGCUUUGUGGGCAGUACAAUGGAAAAAUGUGUUCCUGUACACCAUUUUAAAUAACAGAGAAACAGUACACACCAGGGAGCUUACCCUACAGUAAAUUAUAAUUAAUGUGAUAUUUUGCAAGGUUUUUUUUUUGUUUUUUUUCAGUGGGUCAUUCACUCAAAUCAAUCAUAGAAACAGUAGCCUCGAACAACUGCAGUGUUGGUGUAGCAGAACAUAGUGAUUGUACAAGAACAUCUCCAAUUCCAUGACCGACCAAACAAGCCACCAGCUGGUCGGUUAUCUCAUGAAAGCUUGAGUUUAUGUAACUGAAUCAGAGCAAGCUGAUUGGUGGGUGCGUACAUGAGAUGAGCAUGAACACGACUGACAAGAGCGACUGUCGCUCACUAAAGUGGUGUAACGUCCCACCGACUCAUGGGAAAUGAAUGAUUUCUGGGUGACCAGUGCUAACCGUAUGAAAAGCCCCAAAUACCUCUAAUGAGCAUAUCUGGUUUAAUUUUCUUUUGACACCUGUGCCUCCAAACCUUGUUUCCUGGCGUGCUUUCUACAACAGAUGGAAGUGAGACACUCUGCAGUUUGAGUAGGGUAAUCACAUUAAAAAAGAAGAAAAAAAAUCUUAAUUUCUUUCUUUCUAUUGGUCUGGUUGUCAUAUUCUGUCGAUCCAAAGCUGUGUAGUGUCAGCAACACAAGGUGCAUCGAAGUCAAACUUUUUUCCCAGUUUGACAACUGUAUGUUCUCUCAAGCUAGCUCCACAUAUUAUGCAUGGAUCCAAUUGAAGCUUUUUUUUGUAUAUCAUUGUAUAUCACACUUUAAAACAAUGCAUUUCAUGUAUGUUAUUAUAAGUGAUGUUUAUAUGUAGAGAAAAAAAAAACAUAAUCUUUGGGAUAGUUUCACAGGCAUGGUUUAAUUCAGUCUUGUCUGUAAUAGAUGGAUAUUUUUACAGUUCAUUAUGGUCUGCACAGUUCAGUUCUGAAACUUGUUAAACAAAACAUGAAAUCAAAAUGAAUCUAAGUAGAGCAAACCCCAAUAAAUAUUCAGUCAAUACUAAAAUUACAUUGCAUUUGAAGUAUGUGUAGAUUCGGUAUUUCUAGAAAACAUAAUGUAAAAUCCGAAAGCGAUUCCCACAGAAGAUUCGUAUUAGCGACUGAUGAUAAUCCAUGUCCAGAGGAACUUCCCAACAUUCUGUAUUUGUGUCUUUCUAUCCAGUUAUAUGAAGCUGUCUUACUGUACGAUUACUGUAUGGACAAUGUGUUUACUGAAUUCCUUCAGUUUGCUUUGCUUUAGUGUUCAGUUUGAUUCAGUUCUUGAUUCAGGUCUUGCAGUCUGAUAAUUGACAUUUCGAUAUUUUUCAGCUCUUCAUGAAUUCCUGUGGCAUCGUUCACCGAGGAAGUGAAACUUUCAUUUUGAAAUGAUAUUUUGACAGAGAGCCGAUCUUUCACUUUGUCUUGGAGAGGAAUAUGUGCUGAUAGAUAUCAAUGCUGUGGGCUAGAAAAGAAUAAAUAAAGUAUCUGGUUUCUUAGAGCUUAUGAAAAUAAAAAUAAAAAAAAAAACAUGCAGCAAAAUGUUCAGAAAACAAAAUGUAAACAUCUCAAAGAGAUUGAAUCGGACGCAAUCGGACUUACUUAUAUGUCUUUGAAGACGUUUCGUCUCUCAUACAAGAGGCUUCAUCAGUUCAUGCUCAUCACGACUAGACUAGGCUUGGACGAGAGGCCAAACGUCUUCAUAUAUAUAUAACCAAGUCCAAUUGCGUUCGAUUCAAUUUCUUCGAGAUAGCUGUGACCUUAAACGAGAAUAUCCACAUACAAAAGGUUAGCAGUUAGAAUGACAGUUUUUUUUUCUUUUAAACUGGAUUUGAAAAUGGUUAACUAGCCAUUGAUGGACCAGUAAUGAAUGAAUGUAAGUAUGUAUGUCUUUUUUAGCAUUACCUCCACAUAUUAAGUCAUCAAUAAUUUCCUUCAACGCUUGUUCUUAGUUUGAUCAUUUUUUUCAUGCUUUGAUAGACCUUCAAAGUCCGUUGAAGUGACGUUCAUUGUCUCGAUUCGUUCAUUAUCUCAAUUCGUUCAUUAUCUUGAUGAAAUACUGCAUAUGCUGUUUAGUACAGCAUAACUGCACAAAAAAAUGCAGUAUGAAAACCCAGAGUGCUUUAACUGAUUUAUUUUGUUGUAACUGCUGGGUUUUGCAGGAAACAAAGUUAAUAUUUUUCCAAUAUAAACAGCAAACUAAAAGUAAGAAGUGGCUUUUUUAGGAUACAUUUUUUAAAGAAAGAAAUUUCAUAAACCAACCAUCAAAAUUAUUUUUUUUUUUUUUUUUUGCUGGUCUUGUGCAGUGUCAGUGACUGUUUUUCACCCUGUCUAUCCUGAAUUGGACUUUCAAAGUGAACUGUUGUCUUUCUGUAUAGCGUAUAACCAUCAGUUGCCACCUUUCUGUCUCACUCUAGUGGUCUUUUCUCUGUUUUUUGUGGACACAUUUGUGGUAUUCUCAGUAUUUCCAUGUUCCUCUGCAGUAUGUGAUGGCAGAUGGAGCCUGUUGGUUUUAGUUCUUAUAACUCAAAUUACACUCAGGCAUCCAUUCUCAGAUGUACAUAGUCCUUUUUAUGCUUAAUGUGUACGAUAGAUAUCACCAUAAGCUGUUUUUUUUUCUUCCUUCUUGUAUGUGUCUGUGAAAUAAAUACUAUUUUAUCACA